AGAAAUCUGGACUUUUCGGAGUCAGAGGCACAGCAUUUUUUUUACUGCACAGAACCUCUCUGAGAAUAUUUGUUUAACACUUGUGGUGUUGUGGUGGCGGUGGGCCUCAAUAAAUCAACCAGCGGGGACAAAUUUCAUUUCAAGGAGAAAUAUUGCUGCUUGGGAUCACAGAUGCCAAAGCCUUUAGGGAGUAGAGGAGCUGCAGUACAAGAAAGGGGGUGUUAACAAGGACACAACAGACAUGGAGGAGGGGGACAACUGCACCAGCCUGCGGGCGCUCACAGAGGAGUAGACUCCUGGAGGGAACAGGCUCAUCCUCCAACACAGCAACGUGCGCAGCCCGGCUCCAAAUACAUGCCGCGAUUCUCCGUUCUUUGGUUUGAAGUCAGUGCAGAGGCGAUACAUCCAGCUGUUCCAGCUGUGUGAGGACUCCACUGCCCUGGGACACAGCUGUUCAAAGACAGUAAAGCAGUGCCGGGAGUGCCCUGAAGGUUGGAGUCAUAUCGGGAGUGAGUGUUACUAUUUCAGCAGGGAUGAGCUGGACUGGCCGCAGAGACGAGAUAGCUGCGAGGAAAUGGGCAGCCACCUCACAAUACUUCCCCACAUGGAGCGGCAUAUAUUGGGAUCAGUGGAACCCAGAGCCAGACAACCACCAGUUGGAAGGAGAGCAUGGAGAGGACUCGGAACUGAACAAUCGACAGGGAGGCUACCUGCUGGAAACCUACACAACAAGAUGGAGGUGGAGCAGCUCCUGUCUCUGUCCGGCUCAGCACUGGCCCAGGCUGUCAGCUCUCUGCUGGAGACCCCAGGCCUCUAUGUUUUCUCAGACAUCCUGGAGCUGCCUAAUGUCAGAGAGCUGGAGAACGGCCCCCAUGCUCCAGUGUACCAGCUCCUGAACCUCUUUGCCUAUGGAACCUACUGCGACUACAAAGAGCGAGUGGCUUCCCUUCCAGAGUUGACCCCAGCACAGAGAAACAAACUCCGUCAUCUGUCAAUCAUCAGCCUGGCUUCCAACCUCAAGUGCCUGCCGUACUCGCUCCUCCUGCAGCAGCUUGAGCUGAAGAACGUGCGGGAACUGGAGGACCUGUUGAUCGAGGCUGUUUACUGCGAUAUCAUCCAGGGAAAACUGGAUCAGAGGAACCAGCAGGUGGAGGUAGACUGCAGCGUGGGUCGUGACCUCGGCCCCAAUGAGCUCCCGAACAUAAUCAACACGCUGCAGGAGUGGUGUACAGGCUGUGAGGCAGUGCUGUGUGGUAUUGAGGAGCAGGUCUCCCGGGCGAACCAAUACAGAGAGAGCCAGUUAAAGGUCAAAGUCCAGGUGGAAACAGAGGUUUCGAACCUUCAGAAAACGUUAAAGGCCAGUGCUGCCUCUCCGUCUUCAGGCCCCGCCCCUGCCGGAGCCGCCUCCAAUCAGGACGCAGAUCAGCCAGCAGAGCCUCGAGACCCCGCCUCUUCUCAGGAACCAAGACAACCAGGCAAAAAAAGUUCCAAGGUGAAAGGGCUGCGCGGCAGUGGGAAGAUCUGGUCCAAGUCCAACUGAGGACAAGACCGGAGAUGUGGAGACGGCAGCACUGAUGGACACUUGCUAAUUAAAGGACACCUUGACGGACAGAUGAAUACAUUAAACGAUGUGACCACCUCUGAUGGAUACCUUUCUCUCACACACGCACACACACACACACACACCGUUUCACAGUUCAACCAGGAAGCUUCUCUGGAACUUUACGGAUUCAGAAACACCCGACUGGCUGAUUGAUCAAACACAUGUGACUUUCACUCUCUCCACCGUCAAAAGCUUUACAGGCAGUCUGUGGGUUUAGAUACUCGGAGCACUUGUAACUCGUGAGGACAGAGUAGUCUGCAGCAGGAGCCAGUUGCCUUUGACCAGAAAGAGGAUCUGUGUAUUUGAUGCAUAUGUUUGUGUGUAUCUGUUCUUUUGGUUUAGAUUAAUUCUAUGUUGCUUUUUUUUCUUCUUCUUCUUCUUCUUCUUCUCUGCUGAGUUGGGACUUGUACAAUAUCAGAAUAUAAAUUGUUGGAAAAUAAAAGGAAGCCCUGUACUUAUCUGGACUGGCUUAUUAAUGUCACUGUCACUUCUUUUAUUAAACGCGCUUCAAAGUGCAUCUCUGGAGGGUGCACUGCUAAAUGUUAACUCACAGAAGGGGGCUACCCGUUAGGAGGUCAAGUCAUUAAUUAGGGCAUGUCCCGAAAGAGAUUAAUGUAUUAUAGAGUUGAGGCUUCCUGUGUGCAUUCCCACAGUGGGUAGACAUGCACACACGCAUGCAUAUCAGGGGCAUUCAUGUUUCAUAUGCGCAUGUUUUGCCCAGAGCUGCUUCUUUCCAAGUCAGAAUGCUCCGCCGCUCUUUUUCACUCCUCAGACUUUCCUCUGAAUCUUCACGCUGGUGUCAUUAAUAGUGUCCAUUAGCUGACCGGCAGCACUGGUGGCGGGCAAGCAGAGGAGCAAAUGAUCCCGCUUGAUUUAACUCUUGCCACUUUCCCAACCCUCCCGCUCUCCAGCGCCGCUCCUCACCUCUAUAAAUAAAUAGCGGUGUUAAUUUCAGUCGGUGUGACUGAGCCUCAUUGCCUCACGUAUUUUGCAAGAUUGGAUGUGGGAAUUCUAACAGCUGUGCACCUCUUAAGGUGAAAGAAAGAUGGCUGGAGCGUCGGCUGCGUCACCAGCGGGUGCAGCUCGGAGUUGCUGCCUAACUUCUGAAUCAUUUGUUUGUCGGCCGUGGUUACAGAUUGCUGCAGCAUCCGCUGGCACGCGUCUUGUACAGCCAUUAAAACUUUGAAGCGGAACCCGGCCAAUCGAUUACUCUGAUUGAUCAGUAAAAGGCCCAGGGGAGAUGGAAACUUGAGCCGCACAGCAGACGGGUGGAGACUCUUGAAAACACAUCAUUUUCCGGCCGGUGCCCGCCUUGAUUUUAUUGAAAUUUGUUUGAAAAACUGCACGGGAGAAAUUCCUGCUUAGCAUCCUGUUAUCUUUUUAAAGCAAAAGGAAUCCGUAUGAGGUGUGGAGAUAAGGGAAAGCUUCAGACUCAAGCAGCCACUAUUCUUCCCUCUUUUUUCUCAGCUGCUCCUGAGCCGUAAAAACAUGAUUGGCACGUGGGGGACUUUUUAAUGCCAGGUCCGUGGUUCAAAAUCAAUGCAACGCACUGGACUAAAUGUUCACUUCGGGGAGAGAAAGAUUAGGAUACAGGGGUAGCUAUUAAAAUGCACAAUGUAAGCUUUAUCCUUCCCAUAAAGCAUUGCGGAUUGCAGCGCUCCCAGGGGAAUUCAUUCAGCAUGCCCUGAAAUAAACAGAU